UACAGAACACGACCUGCUGCUUUCCACAAGCUGGGGACGCUUCCCAACACGACUAAACUCCAACAUUUUGAUUGACUUUGCACAAAAAACACUCGGGCGUUUGCGAGUUUUCUGUUCCCCUUCGGUUGUAAGUAGACAGUUUUUUUCCCCUAUGUGUCCUCAGAGCGUUUUUGCAUCCCCAUUAGUAAACAAACCCCGUUUGACAUCAUCCAUUCAGUAGCUGUUAGACUGCCACGCUCCAGCCCCACUUAUGGAAACAAGUCAAGAUUUCUGCUCACGGUUUCUGGAAAGACUCCAAGCCAGAGGAAGCGACGCGCGUUCGUGCGUAAAUUGAUUCGAAUCACGCAAAUCAUACGAACACUUGUGUGAAAACAAAGUUUCAGGGCUCUGCUCUGUCACAAGGUUGCUAUGUAUGAUUUAUUUUGCUUCUAAAUGCGAAAAGUAAACCCCGCGUGAGAGGGCUGCCGGUGCGCCGCCGUCCUGGGGGAGCCAACUUGCGAAAUUCAACAACGCCCGGUGAUGGAGUGACACGGUUUCUCCUUGACUCUCCUGAAUCUACUCCUCUGCUCUCGCCCAGCUCUGAUCUGACGUUUGGAUGAGAGGAAACCAAGAGGCGCACAGCUCCAUGCUGAAGUGUUUAAGUCAGUCUGAGGGGAAAUUUAAAAGACCUAAAAAUACAGCGUUGGUUUCUUCCCUGCAAAGAAUCAUUUGAACUUCCCACCGCAGAGGGAGCGCGCGACAUAAAUAGUUCUGACAUGUGGAUGUAAUUUCAGAAGAGGAAAAAAGACAGAUGCAGGGAAAUAAAGCGCGCGGGCUGAGCUCGAGCAUAUAGUAGAUUAUAGGAAAUUAAAUCGAGGGCAGAUUACAGAGUUAUGAUUUCACAAGCCGCCAGCAGCGUGGAGAUGCCAGAUGGAGUAAAAAGUCAGAUCUCAGUCCUCUUUGAAGAGAGUUUAGCAGAUUAAAUAAUUGCAUCCGAGCUCCACCGUUACUUUGAGUCCUGCCAGGAUUCUUGGAGGUAAGAGUUGCCUCACCUCAGGGAUGGGAUCCUCUCAGCUGCUCUACACUCUGGACUUUCUGCUCAUCUCGCUGCUCAGCGUUUUUUGUCUGGUUCAUUCUGAUGAUGUGCUGACAAAGGAGGAGCAGAUUACCCAGUUGGUCAUAGCCAAACAUACCUGUGAAAAUAACAUCGCAUCAAGGAGCAAAAUCCCAAAUGGUUUCUGCUCAGCAGAGUGGGACGGUAUUGUUUGCUGGCCUGAAGGACCUCCUGGAAAGCUGGUAUCCACCGCCUGUCCAGAGUAUAUCUAUGAUUUCAAUCAUAAAGGACUAGCAUACCGUCGGUGUGACAACAAUGGAACAUGGGAGCAGGCAUCAGCAAACAAGACAUGGGCCAAUUAUAACGAAUGCGCAAAAUUCCUUUACCAUUACAACCAUAGCCACGAAAAGGAGGUCUUUCACCGCCUGUAUCUCAUCUACACUGUUGGGUACUCCGUCUCUCUGGGAUCACUCAUGGUUGCUGUUGUCAUCCUAGGAUAUUUCCGACGGCUGCACUGCACCAGGAACUACAUUCACAUGCACCUAUUUGUGUCCUACAUGCUAAGAGCCAUAAGCAUCUUUGUGAAAGAUGUUGUCCUCUACUCUGAAUCUCCAUUAGAGAACAUGGAAAGAGUCACUCUGGAUGACCUCAAGUCCAUUACUAUAGCUCCACCAGUCAACAAAACACAGUUCAUUGCCUGCAAGGUGGUGGUCACCUUGUUCAUGUACUUUCUAGCAACUAAUUAUUACUGGAUCCUUGUGGAGGGUCUUUACCUCCACAGCCUCAUCUUCAUGACCUUUUUCUCAGACAGAAAGUACCUCUGGGGAUUCACUCUGAUUGGAUGGGGCGUGCCCGCGGUGUUCGUAUCCAUCUGGGCGACGGUUAGAGCCACAUUUGCUGACACAGAGUGUUGGGACUUAAGUGCAGGCAAUUUGAAAUGGAUAUAUCAGGUUCCCAUCCUGAUGGCUGUGGUGGUUAACUUCAUCCUGUUUCUCAAUAUCAUCAGAGUCUUGGCAACAAAACUACGAGAAACAAACGCUGGAAGAUGUGACACCCGGCAACAGUACAGGAAACUGCUGAAGUCCACCUUGGUGUUGAUGCCGCUGUUCGGUGUCCACUACAUCAUCUUCAACGCCAUGCCGUACACAGAGGUGUCUGGAAUCCCAUGGUUGAUCCAGAUGCACUACGAGAUGCUUUUCAACUCCUUCCAGGGAUUCUUAGUUGCUAUCAUCUACUGCUUUUGCAAUGGCGAGGUGCAAGCUGAGAUAAAAAAAUCCUGGAACAGGAGGACUCUGGCUCUGGACUUCAAAAGAAAAGCUAGAAGCGGCAGUAACACCUACAGCUAUGGACCUAUGGUAUCGCACACCAGUGUUACCAAUGUCACUGCCAGAGGACCACUGGCCCUCCACCUCACCACCAGGCUGGGACCAGCUCCUGUAAACGGACACAGGAGCCUCCCCGGCUAUGUGAAGAACGGUUCAGUCUCUGAGAACUCGAUACCUUCGUCGGGACAGGAGCUACACAUUCCCAAAGAGGAGCCAUGUGCUCGCGCUCGGCCCGGCGAGGACAACAAACCCUCGCCUGUAGUUGAGGAGGAGCGGGAGACAGUCAUGUGAAUUCCAGAGAGCUGUAGAAGUGAAAAGACAAGUCAUGAAACGCUCCCAGGAUGAACUGAAGGUGAAGGGGAUGACUGCACGCAGCCACACUGCCAGCUUCUUCUCCUGUGAAACGAGCCGCCGCCGCCCGAUGAGGCUCUGGAGAAAGAGCUCGUUAGCAUUUUUGUGAGUUUAUCUGAAGGAUUCCCAGACUUUUCAUCAGCCACCUGCUACGGAGAAUGUGUUAGAAUCAGACUGCCAAUCUUUUUUUAAUUAUUUUUUCACAGCCUGGUACAAAGUUUCCUGUUCGCUUAUGUAGCAAGUGUCUCGUAUCUGUGUUUUGUGGAUGAUUUAUCCAGGACAGCAGAAUCAGCCUUAAUUAGCCGCCAUUGAUUUAGUGGCACAAAAGCAAAACACGCUGUCCAUAAGAUUCAGUGCAAGUGCAGUUUUGUCUUAAAAAAAGAGUCAUUUUUGGACCUCUGUUCCAGCUUUGUGUCAAAGUGUGUAUUUUUUUCUGCAAAUACUUAGGUUUACUUAAGGGAAAUUACUCAGGUAAGUAAAGUCCUAUGUUGUUGCACACCUGUUUUUAUACUUUAACUGGUGCUUCAGCAGUUCUCUCCAGGGGAAUCUGGUGUGCUAUUUAAGGUUUUUCAUUGCUCUUUGUUUUAGUCUGAUGUCAAACCAGUUUUGUUUUUCUUACUGACCCAUUUUCCCCAACCUUUAUUCUGUUAGAUUUCAUUGGCUUGAAUGCAUCAUUCAAAUUUUCUGCAAAAAGAAAAUCUAACAAACACGUGACCAAAGUGAGAAUGCCAAAGGAGGAGCACAACUUUUGAAACAACAAUUAACAACCCGCAACACACUUUUGAGUUUCAUCCUCCACUAAUUCAUCCAAAAAGGAUUGAUUUAGAUUGAAUUUAAAAUUGACAGUUGUGCAAAUUCAGAGCAAUUUUUCUUUAAAUCAAAGAUCCAAUCAUUUGCUGCUUUGUCAUGUAAAUAUCCAAGUCACAAUGUUUACAUAAACCAGAAAAUCAUUAUAUUUGUGAGCUAAUAUGCAUACUGAUAUGUACGUUAUAAAGCCGCUGUAAUCCACUUUUGCUUCUGUCUUUGUAGAUAGUUUGCUAUAUUUGAUUCUGUGUGCAGAACUGUUGAAUAGAUUUGCAGCGGACAGAGGGCAUCCAUGCUGUUUUUCACUGAAACAUUCCUUUUUUUUUCUGAAACGUUCCGUACUUAACCUGCACGGCUUGCAAUAGGUUCCAUGUAUGUUUACCAAAGAGAAAAGGCUAUGCCUUCAGAGUGGAGACAUUGCAGAGGAUCAGUACCUGCUUUGGCUUUUCCCGCCAGUUUUUCUGGCAAAAACUUCAAACGAAAAUAUACAGCAAUUUGACUUAUAGUCAGAGUGAAUUUAUAAAUCAGUCAACACAAAUGGGGUGUUUUUAAAAGAAUUUGAUCUUUGAAGAGAUGUUCUCAUACUGCAAAAAUUUUCAAUCUUCCAACUAAUGUUUUUUUCUAUUUAGUUUUUCUCUCAGAAAAUAUUUGUUUUUUGCUGUCGUUUUUCAUUGGUUAAUUGGUGAAAAGUUUCUCCUUGAGUGUAAAUAUGAAUAUGCGACUGACUGGCGAACCGUCCAGGAUGAACCCUGCCUUUGCCCAUCAGUUGCUGGUUAAGCUCCAGCAUCCCUGUGACCUUGAGCCGGAGGAGUAAGCGCAUAUAGAAAAGGAUGGAUGGAAUAGCAAAAUAUGCAAUUAUACUUAGUAAAGCCGUGUCACACAGCCACUACGAAUAUUUUGCGCAUGUUGAAUGGAUGAAAAUUGGUCAAUAUACUGUACAUGAAAAACUGAGAAAGGUUGUGGUUUUAAUGUGAAAUCUUCACAGAUGUAUCACAAAUGAACCAUGUAAAAAUCACGGAAGAAGUACGAAUUAACCACGCAAAGAACACGUAAACCAACAUGAACUGUGCGUGAUUAUUGCGCAGUUUAUAAGCAAUUCAUUAGUGACUGAUGCGUCAAUUACGUAAAUUUAACGUGAAAUGUGCGCUGUAUCCGCGAUAUAAAAGCUAUAGAUCGGUGGUACAUGCGUGAAAAGUCUGUUAGACAGACGUGGAACAAACGGAGAAAGCCACAAAUUGGCGUAUGCAUGUCAAAAAAAGGACACACAUUUGCGUAAUAUUUAUGUAAUAAUUGCGUAUAAACUACAUAAAAUACGCGAAAUUCUCAACUGAUCCAAAAUUUUGAACGGCUCGAAAGCGAAUUUUCCAUAAAGACCCAUCGGUCAAAACCCUUGAUGGACGUCUAAGCACAUGAAUUAUGAGCUCAAGAAAGACAUAUGAAUUACGUAUAUCACGCAUGUAUUAUGAAACACAGAAAGUGUGGAAAAUGAGCAAUAUGUACAUCGUGGCUGGGUGACACGGCCUUCAGAUUAAUCUUUCUUUUUUUAGAGUAUCACACCUGUAAUCAUUUGUAGUCAUGCAGAAUUUACCAUCACUUAAAAACUGCAGUUUUUUUAACAGUGUCAUUGGGUUAGUAUUUUUGUUGCAUAAUUUUUAUGCACCUAUGAAGUCUAGUAAUUCUUUGUCACUUUAUAUGUGACCUGAAUUAAAAAUAUGAAACUUCAAACAAAGCUAGGUUUUUAUAAAAGUUACUCACAAGUAAAAAUACCGCAUGAACAACUUCACGAACUGCCUUCAGCUAACAUUAUAAACAUGUGUCUUUUAAACCUGUUGUUGAUUAUGAAGUUAUGUCAUAAUAAUUUUAUUAAUAAAUUAUUGCAGGAGAUUUUUCCGCUAAGAAAAUAAACUAGCUCUUUGGCUGCAAAAUACAUAUACAUUUCUAUCAGUCUACAUCACCAUCUGGAUCCAUCAUUUCUAUUACUAUGCUUGAAUUUAAAUCACAGUGAUAAAAGAAACAGUUGAGGUUGAGGGAGGACUGUUAUUAGGUGAAAUGCUAUUUUUCAUUUAAAUGGAAAUAUCCCGGUAUAAAACCUUAUUUUGUCAGCCCUUAAGGAGCCAUAAAUGCUUGUACUGCAAGAUUUGACAGUAUUAGAGCGAGAAACACUUUAAAAUUUUCAUUCGAGCACUUUAAUUUCCCAUCAAACAGUUGUCUACUCUGAUUGUAUCGUAUACAAUGAUUGUGUUCAAGACUUAAGUGUUUAGUAUGGCCAAUUUUUCAGACAGCUAACGUAUUUUUAUUGUCACAAAUACCUCUGAUAGAAGUUUGAAAAUGUUUUUGUUUAUUUAUCUUGUGCUGAAAUGUACUCAGUGGAGCUCAUGUUAGCCGCCAUGCUUUGUAGAGGUCACAGUGUGUUUGUCAAAACUUGUCUCACCUCCAGCUCACUCCAUUGUGAUGCGAGCAUGUUGUAGAUAUCAAUGUAAACUUUGCAUAAAAUGUUUUCUGAUCACUUACUGGUAAAUUGUGAAAAAGACAAUAAACCUGUAAUUCUACUGGAAUCAA